UAAUCCCACCAUCCAGGGAGCUCAAUCCUAGUGUCUGUGGUUUGGUGGUGUCAAACCUCUGUCUGGAGGUUUAACCAUUUGGUAUAGGGGCUUUUAACUUUCCACCAUGGCUGAGACUAUUCAUAUUAAUGUGGGUCUACAUUUGCUGGGAUAUUUCUUUUUCCGUUCUGUGGAUCUUGCUGGGAAGCCUGACAUUUAUUGUCCGUCCCUGAGUUGCUCGAGGUGGUGGGUUUCCUGGAUCGCCUGGUGGGGGUUUGGUACGACUGAGUGUCUUGCUGCGCCACUUCACAGGGCCUAACACAUUGGUGUGGACUGGAGUCACGUAGGCCCAGACCGGGAAAGGUCACGGUUUUAUGUCCUUGAAGGACAUAACGAUGACAACUCGCAUUUAUAUAGCAUUAGCAAAACCUCCCAAAGAGCUUCGCAGGAGUAAUUAUCAAACAAAAUUUGACACUGAGCCACAUGGUGAGAUAUUAGGCUCCACUUCAGUUGAGUGCAAUGGGUGAGCCACAGCAGGUGAGCGCGUUGCCCCUGCCUCCGGCGCAGUACUACAAGGAGUAUACAGAUGACAAUGUCCGCAAAGGCUUUGCCCCUAAGCCCCCGCCUCCCAUCAGAGACAGCUACACCAUGUUUGGCAACCAGUUCCAGUGUGAUGAUUUGAUCAUCCGCCCUUUGGAAGGCCAGGGCAUCGAGAGGCUGCACCCCUCGCAGUUUGACCACAAGAAGGAGCUUAAGAAGCUCAACAUGUCCAUUCUGGUGAACUUCCUGGACCUCCUGGACAUCUUGAUCAAAAGCCCCGGGAGCAUCAAACGGGAGGAAAAACUGGAGGACCUCAAACUCCUGUUUGUUCACAUGCACCACCUGAUCAAUGAGUACCGUCCUCAUCAGGCCAGGGAGACCCUGCGAGUCAUGAUGGAGGUGCAGAAGAGGCAGCGGCUGGAGACGGCUGAACGGUUCCAGAAGCAUUUGGACCGGGUGGUGGAGCUGAUCCAGAGCAGCCUGUCCUCGCUGCCUGAUGACCUGCCGGAGGCUGGGGGCCUCCUGGCCAAGGUGAAGGCUGAGCCCAUGGACAUAGACGAGCGUGUCACCUGUGGGCAGGUGGAAACAGAGGUGGACCCUUCGUUGAAGAAUGAACAAGUUAGUGACAAAGAUGCAGCCAUGUGUGCCAUCAUUGACAAUAUGACAUAGACAUGGCUUCACUUGUAAAUACACCAGACUGCUUCAGAGGAGGCUGACAUUGAUAGAGUUGAUGGGAUUUCAAUAUAGUUGCUAGUGGACAUGAGAAAUUGUCAUUCUAGACUCUCCCCUUCAUCUAUAGUAGGAUUAUAGACUGUGGACUGUGUCUGGAGAGGCCUGAAUAAGCACUGGAACUAUUAGUGCAACAAAUUUCAGGCAAUGAAUUUGCACAGAAGUGCAUUGACUUAAAGAUUUUGCAUUAAUCCUUUUACAACCUCGGGCAUCCCACAUCCCCUCAGUGAAGUACUUCUGAAAUGUAACACAGAGGGUCCCACAUCUCUCUGGUUCCCUCGCCUUUGGAGAUCCUUGUUCCGCUCAUUCCUCAUUCCCACCUUUGUAAGAAACCACAUGUAACAAGUGCUGAGGAGUCAAGUCGUGUUCCCUGGGUUUUAUUUCCAUUUUGAUUUGGUUCCCAAAUAUCAAACACCAAACAUCGCGUUCCCAGCAGUCAUAUAAUCACAUGGGAAGCAGCACUGAUGUGGAGCAAACAACUUGGCCGAUGAUGCUUUCAAUUUGAGAAGACAAAACCCGUGUGUCCGCAUCCCCCUCUUCUCCGUUAACCUUGCCAAAGUACCCCCAUCCCCACCUCAAUUCUCUCCCCUCUUCCCAGGCGAUUAUGUUGCUCGGUUUGAGCUAGUUUGUAGCUACCAGUAACUGUUUCAGUGAUACCCUGAAACAGUUUUGUGUGCUCGAGUUGUCUGUUGGGAAUUGAGGUGAUAUUUAUGCCAGGAGAGUUACCUGUUCUUUUACACCUGCAGAAAUUGACUGUGCUUGCUCCCUGAAUGUUAAUGCUGUGUUCACCUGCCUUUAAAGUCUUGUUCCACAAGCACACGCACCUGAUCGUUGAGAGUCUGAUUCCUGAGUCAGUCCUAGAGUAGGUGCAGGAUUGCAGGGCUUCCAUUGCCUAACUGAAUGGGGCACUGGGUUUGAAGUUAACCUGGGGAAAAUUUGAACAAAAGUCUGAAUUCAGGCUCUUGGUAAAAACCAAUUUAGCCUGGAGACUGUCUGUGAGAUUUGCACUGAUGUUAACAGUAAUGACAAUGCUGGGGUUUAUCAAAUGCUGAAAGUUGGUACUUCAUUUUAAUCUUAAAUGAAGCAAUGCUGUCUCACAAUAAAGGCACUGCUGCCCGUUGUUCUCUGAAA